GGAUGAGGGGGGGCUGUUCGUCUGGGAGGCCAUGGGGAAGGACGUGGUCGCCUUCAAGGACGGGGCCAUGGUGGAGGGCUCCCAGUACGAGGGGCGUGUUCACCUGGCGUCUGAGGACAGCGUCCUGACGGGUGAUUGGUCGCUGGUUCUGGAGGGGGUGCGGCACGCCGAUGUCAACAUGUACGAGUGCAUCGUACCGGGGAGAAGGACCCUGGCCAAUGUGUGGCUGAGCGUGGAGCCCCCUGAGGGGCAGACCCUGUGGGUGAACGCGUGGCUCGGGGACUCCACCUACCUGAGCUGUGAGGCCCCAGAGGCGGAGCGCUCACUGGACCUCCGCUUCUGGUGGGAGAAGGACGGGGUCCCGGUGCCGCACGACCAUGAGGAUAAAGAUCGUUUCCACGUGGAGACGGACGGUAACCAUGUGGGUCUGAUCAUCAGCCAGGUACUGAUCACCGACAGGGGGGUCUACCACUGCUUCUUCCAAUCACGGCCCUCUCAAGAGCCGAGGCGAGGGUCUCCAGAAAUCGUGAAAUUGACCGUUUUGGGAUCGGAGCACUUGGACGACGAGGAGAUGGGCCCCGAGGCUACUCCAUCGACGGAGCCUUCUACGCCACAGGAUGAGGAGGAGGAGGUGCCGACCCCCUCGGACCCCACCCUGCUGGAGAGCCCCCUACUCCUCUCCGAUGACACCCUCGGUGGGCAGGACAACAGCCAUGGGGAUGAUGUGCCCUGGGUUCGAAUCACCAUCAUGACCAGUGUUCUGGCCAUCACUGCCGUCACGCUUUGCAUCCUAAGAGCCCGGUACAUAAUCUGACCAUAGAGCGCGCCUUCGAUCAGUAUCUGAGAUCGGAAGUUAGAGCCGCAGCGAUUUGACCAUUCAGAGAAAAGAUGUGCAAAAAAUGUUUGUGAUCUUUUCUAUGGGAAGCUCAUUCACAAAACAUUGUGUUUUCUUUUUACAAAUAUGUAUUGCGCGAAUCCGUUAUGUGCAAUCUUUGGAAUUUCCGUAGUGUUUUAUCGAGUAAUAAAAAAAUAGUUUUAUCAUUUAUCUGGAAAGCAGAACCCGAGGGACCCAAAGCACUAAGAGUGUGGAUUUCGGUAAAUAUUUUAUUUCAUGACCCCCCAGAAAAUAAAUACAUUUUAUUUAUAAAAUAUUAUUCUCAACUUCUAAACGUCUUUAAACGAAAAAAAAAAAAA